AUGCGAUUACGAUUGAGCACUGUCCAUUCGAGCAGUGAUGGUUUAGCGCCAUCUGUACGUCCCUUGGUUGAUCUGAUCGUUGAUGAGUACAACAACAAUGUAGUAACAUUCGCUUCAAGCAGCGCGAAGUUCCAGUACGUUGUGAACUUUGUAUCGUUAGCAGCAGCCUAUGGAAUGGGGCUCCGUUCUGACAAAUCACCAUCAGGACGUCCCUUGACCGAUCUCGAGUACGCUGACGACGUUGUUAUAUUCGAAGAAAGCAGUACGGAACUUCAACAUGUUGUCAACCUUGUAUCGAAGCUGGCUGCAGCUUAUGGACUACGUCUACGCCCUGAUAAAUGCAAGCAGAUGUGGGUCUCUUUGAGGCCUCGAACGGGAAUCAGCGUGGACGGACAACUGAUCGAUCUCGUCGAUGAGUUCUGUAAAAUGGGGUGUCAAAAAGCUACCGAAGCAGCUCGAGACAUUUGUGGCACGUAUGAAGAGGGUGUCAUAGGCGAGUCUAUUGCACGAAAACAGUUUGCAAGAUUCAAAAAAAGGGACUACGACUUCAAUGAUGCACCAGCACUGGGAAGAGGAAACACGCAUCAGAGAUCGCCCAUCAUCAGUAUCGAAGACUACACCACUGUGACGAUGCUGACGAGAAAAAAGCAGGAGCCUGCACUAUGGUUUGAGGGACCACUGCAGCAACCUGGAGGAGUUUUGAUCAACGUCGUAGGGAUGUACCAUUGUACGACGGCAGGAUCGCAGAGAGCCCUAACUUUGGAUCGUGGUGCUCACGCACCUAAGGAGACCGCUGAAGAGUGA